AUGAUCAGCGUCCCGCUCUUCCUUGCCCUCGUGCCGCUCGCCGCCGGUGAACUACUGGCGCAGUUCUGCGGAAACGGUAUCAACUUCACGGCCAACGGAACCUACCAGUCCAACCUCGCGAGCCUCGCAGCCACCCUCCCGAGCAACGUAUCCUCCUCCCCGAACCUCUUCGCCACGGCCACCGCCGGCGGAGCCCCCGACACGGUGUACGCGCUCGCGCUCUGCCGCGGUGACGUCACCAGCGCCACCGCCUGCGGCGACUGCGUCGCGGCCUCGUUCCAGAACGCCAGCCGGACGUGCCCGAUGGACAGAUCGGCGACCAUCUUCUACGACGACUGCCUCCUCCGCUUCUCCGGCGACGGCGGCUUCCUCGCCCCGCCCAACAUCACGGAGAACGCCACGCUUUUCCAGUACUGGAACCAGGAGAACAUCCUAGGCGACGCCGGCGUCGUCGCCGGCAACGUCCGUGAGCUGCUGAACGAGACUGCCCGGGCCGCGGCCACGACGGCGAGGCGGUUCGCCACCGGCUUCAUGGACGCCAGCAGCGUGUCCAUCCCGACGCUCUACUCGCUGACGCAGUGCACGCCGGACCUGACCUCCGGCGACUGCCUGGCGUGCCUCCGGCGCCUCAUCGACAUGAUGAACUCCACCACGUCGGUGCGCGUGGGAGGACGCAUCCUUGUGCUCCGGUGCAAUCUCAGGUUUGAGAAGUUCGUCUUCUACUCCGGCGAGCCCACGCUGCGUGUGACGCCACCUGGCUCAUCUCCGGCGCCGGAUCCCAUCACUCCUAUCAAGAUUAAUUGGCAUGCUGAUUAUGUCGGAACAUUCUUUAAUUUAGGAAACAAGAGCAAAUCCGUGGUAAUUGCUGCGAUUGUAUCUCCUGUAGCGGCAGUAGCUCUCUGCUUGAUCGUCUGUUACUGUUUUCGGUCAAGAAGGUUCAGAGAAGGCAAGAGGCUGCAAAAAAGGCGUAGUAGGAGGUUCCAAGGAGAAGAUGAACUAGUUUGGGAAAUGGAAGGAGAGAUUUCAGAGUUUUCGGUUUUUGACUUUCAUCAGGUCUUGGUGGCGACAGAUAACUUUUCUGAAGAAAAAAAGCUUGGAGAAGGUGGAUUUGGCCCUGUAUACAAGGGUCUGCUUUCUGAGGGAUUGGAGAUAGCAGUUAAGAGACUUGCUUCACAUUCAGGACAAGGUUUCAUAGAGUUCAAAAAUGAAGUCCAACUCAUAGCCAAACUACAACACAGGAAUUUGGUUAGGCUCUUGGGAUGCUGCUCUCAAGGAGAAGAAAAAAUCUUGGUCUAUGAAUACUUGCCAAAUAAAAGUUUGGACUUCUAUAUUUUUGAUGCAAAAAGAACAGCAUUACUAGAUUGGAACAAACGUCUAGCGAUAAUCGAAGGAAUAGCACAAGGACUUCUGUACCUACAUAAACACUCCCGAUUACGUGUCAUUCAUCGAGAUCUUAAACCAAGUAAUAUUCUCCUGGACAGUGAAAUGAAUCCCAAAAUUUCAGAUUUUGGGCUAGCAAAAAUAUUUAGCUCAAACAGCAAUGAAGGGACUACAAGAAGAGUGGCUGGGACAUAUGGUUACAUGGCUCCUGAGUAUGCUUCCGAGGGCCACUUCUCUCCCAAAUCUGAUGUAUUCAGCUUUGGUGUUAUCAUUCUUGAGAUCAUUAGCGGAAAAAGGAAUGCUAGUGUACAUCAAUGUGAAGACUUCAUCAAUCUCCUUGGAUAUGCAUGGAAGUUAUUUGCAGAGGAAAGAUGGCUCGAACUUGUUGAUGCAUCAGUGGUUCCAAAUUGUCAGUCAUCGUGUAUGAUGAGGUGCAUUAACAUUGCAUUAUUGUGCGUACAAGAGAAUGCAAUCGACCGACCGACCAUGUCAGAUGUCGUUGCAAUGUUAACCAGUGAAAGUAUGGUCCUUGAUGAGCCUAAACAUCCAGCAUAUUUCCAUGUAAGGGUGACAAAUCAUGAUGAAUCAUCCACAUAUGGGACAUCCAGUGCCAAGAUGUGAGCAAAACUGAUCCAAGUGCAAGAUAAUUUUCAAUUUCCAUUAUUUUAAGACGAGCUAAUGUAUUAUGUGACUACCAUUUUUCUUCUUUGUCAAUUGUACUUAAAAUAUUUUAUAAAUAUAGU